GCGCCUGCGCCCGCGCCUGCGCCCGGGAUGCCGCCCCGCCGGCGGAGGUGACCUUUGACCCGCGCCCCCCCCGUCGCCGCCCCCGCCAUGGACGAACAGGAGGCGUUAAAUUCGAUCAUGAAGGACCUGGUGGCCCUCCAGAUGGGCCGACGCCGGCUGCCGGCCUUCGAGGCCGUGAAGAGCAAAGACGGCGGGCACCCGAGCAGGCAGAAGAAACACAGCCCCAGCAGCCCAGGCCUCGGGAGCGGCACCACCAUAACACCAAGCCCUUGCGCCGGAGCCAGCAAGGAGAAGAAAAUUUCGGCCGACGUGAGGAUCAAGUUCGAGCACAGCGGGGAGAGGCGAAUCAUCCCGUUCGGCCGGCCCGUGAGCUACGAAGACGUGGAACAGAAAGUGAAGACGGCAUUCGGGCAGCCCCUGGCUCUCCAUUAUAUGAACAACGAGCUCUCCAUCCCGCUGAAAAACCAAGAUGACCUGGAUAAAGCCAUCGACCUCUUGGAUAGAAGCUCAAACAUGAAGAGCCUUAGGAUACUGCUGCUGUCCCAGGAGAGUAACCAAACCGGCUCCUCGCCCCACCCCGGGGGGCCCAAGCAGGUGCGGAUCAAGGCCUCCCAGUCUCUGGCGGACGUUAACACGGCGUACCAGCCUCCAGAGCCCAGAAGCCGGCACCUCUCUGUCAGCUCCCAGAACACGGGCCGCAGCUCCCCUCCCCCGGGCUACGUCCCCGAGCGGCAGCAGCGCAUUGCCCGCCAGGGCUCUUACACCAGUAUCAACAGUGAGGGCGAGUUCAUCCCGGAAGCCAACGAACAGUGUAUGCUGGACCCCCUGAGCAGUGCAGAGAACUCGAUGUCGGGGAGCUGCCAGUCUCUGGAGAGGUCAGCAGACAGUCCUUCCUUCCGAAAGUCUCGGAUGUCCAGGGCCCAGAGUUUCCCGGAUAACAGGCGGGAAUGUUCCGAUCGGGACUCGCAGCUCUGUGACAAGGGCGUGAAGGGCGGCACCUACCCAAGGCGCUACCACGUCUCUGUGCAGCACAAGGACUACAACGACGGCCGGAGGACGUUUCCCCGGAUACGACGUCACCAAGGCAACCUGUUCACGCUGGUGCCCUCCAGUCGCUCCCUGAGCACCAACGGGGAGAACCUGGGCCUGGCGGUGCAGUACCUGGACCCCCGGGGCCGCCUGCGGCCCGCCGACAGCGAGAACUCCCUCUCGGUGCAGGAGAGGAACGUGCCCACCAAAUCCCCCAGCGCCCCCAUCAACUGGCGCCGAGGGAAGCUGCUGGGCCAGGGGGCCUUCGGCCAGGUCUACCUGUGCUACGACGUGGACACCGGGCGGGAGCUGGCUUCCAAGCAGGUCCAGUUUGACCCAGACAGUCCCGAGACCAGCAAGGAGGUGAGCGCCCUGGAGUGCGAGAUCCAGCUGCUGAAGAACUUGCAGCACGAGCGCAUCGUCCAGUACUACGGCUGCCUGCGGGACCGCGCCCAGAGGACCCUCACCAUCUUCAUGGAGUACAUGCCGGGGGGCUCGGUGAAAGACCAGCUGAAGGCCUACGGCGCCCUGACGGAGAACGUGACGCGCAAGUACACGCGGCAGAUCCUCGAGGGCGUGUCCUACCUGCACAGCAACAUGAUCGUGCACCGGGACAUCAAGGGCGCCAACAUCCUCCGCGACUCUGCCGGGAACGUGAAGCUGGGGGACUUCGGGGCGAGCAAGCGGCUGCAGACCAUCUGCGUGUCCGGCACCGGCAUCCGCUCCGUCACCGGGACCCCUUACUGGAUGAGCCCCGAGGUGAUCAGCGGCGAGGGCUACGGCAGGAAGGCCGACGUCUGGAGCCUGGGCUGCACCGUGGUGGAGAUGCUGACGGAGAAGCCCCCUUGGGCGGAAUACGAAGCCAUGGCCGCCAUUUUCAAGAUCGCCACCCAGCCCACCAACCCGCAGCUGCCCCCGCACAUCUCCGAGCACGGCCGGGACUUCCUACGGAGGAUCUUCGUGGAGGCGAGGCACAGGCCCUCGGCCGAGGAGCUGCUCCGACACCACUUUGCACAGCUCGCGUACUGAGGCCCGCCGCCCACCGAGGCCGCCGCGGCCCGAGCUCCUGCGGGCCCUCGGCCCCCGGAGGGGCGGAGAGGGGGCCGCGGGCCCCCGCGGCCACCGCCCCCGGGGAGGCUCCUCCCCCCGGCCCGCCCGGAACCGAGUCGUCUGACCCGCAGGCGCGAGUCUCCUCUGGGCCGGGCCGGGCCGCGGCGACUGCACGCUCGAGGGCCGGAACCGGGCCCGGCAGACUCGCGACCCGCUCUGGGGAGGGGCGCGGAGGAGGGACGCCCACCCCCUUCCCCCGCGGCCCCCGGCCCCGCCGGGCGGGCCGUGCAGCGUCGCUCGUUUCCCGGAGAAGAACCCGGGGGCUCGCGGCCUCCCCCGGCCACGGAGGGGGCCGGGGAGGAAAGGAGGGGAUCGGCUCCCGUCCCCCUCUGCCCUCGCCCCCUCCCCUGACCAAAGAUGAAUGGAAAAAAAUCUUGGCUGCCUUAUUCAGGGAAGAGCCGACCGGGCCCGGACGGAGCGGGCGGAGCCCGCCAGGCGACGCGGGGCGGAGAGUGGGGGCUGGGGGAGCCGGAGGCCUGGCCGUGCCGUCUUGCCUCCCCUCUCCCCCCACCCUGGGGGUCCCAGGGACUACCUUCCCCCAGCUCCCCCUCCCCGGGCGUUGGGG